CGAGAAGAUUUUUUCGUAAUUCGUUGUUAAUUUCUCUCGUUGGUCAGAUAUAUUUCGAUAUCUAUUAUUAUUAUUUGGUGAUUUUUUCAUAUCUGGAAAUUGAGUAAGUAACGAUUUUUUUUUUUAAAAAAAAAAAAGAGAGAGAGAGAGAUUAGGAAACAAGAAAGCAGAAAGAGAGGAGUGAUUAGAGAGAGAGAGAGAUCAAUAACCAAAGAAGAAGGAAGGGAAGGGGAUUAGAUUACAAAAACGCCAAAGCUGUUAACUUUUUCUUUUUGGCCAUUUCCUAUUUCUCCCUUCGUCUCCAUCAAGCAACCCUCUCUCUCUCUCUCUCUCUAUCAUCAUCAUCGCAGAGGAGACGAUCUUACGCGACGAAUCCUUGAGAGAUUGAGAGGGACAAGCGAGUUUUGUAGGUGUCUCAGACCGGUUAUUUUUUUCUCUUUUCUUCUUUUUAUCUGAAUGAUUUUGGAUUUCGUAGACAAUUGUGUGGUCUCUAGAUUCAUGCUUUCUAGGCCUUUUUAACGCAUCUUUGCUUUCUUAGAUUUCAUGUUUUACAAUUCGAUUUCGUUUCUGAUUUUCUUUUCAUCUGGGUUUUGUUUCUGAUUUGUAAAUGUUCAUUCUUUUGUGGAUUGUGAUCCUUGAGUAUUGUUUUCUUCUGGCCGUAUUUGCUGGCAAUAUGAGGACCCAAGGAUUGUUGACGGUCUAUAUUGAACAAGUAAACAAGGAUGCGUAAGUGGAUCUGUUGUACAUGUCAAAUAGAAGACUCAAAUGAAGAGCAACAACUGAAAAGUUCACAGCAGCAAUCUGAUGCAAAUCAUAAGAAUUCAAAACCAGCACCUGUUGCAAAACAUGAGGUUAAGAAGGAAGCUCUUCCCAUCGAGGUCCCUCCCUUGUCUUUGGAUGAGGUCAAGGAAAAGACUGAAAAUUUUGGAUCCAAGGCACUGAUUGGUGAAGGGUCUUAUGGGAGAGUAUAUUAUGCGACACUAAAUGAUGGUGUGGCGGUUGCUCUGAAGAAACUUGAUGUCGCACCUGAAGCUGAAACAGAUACCGAAUUCUUGAGUCAGGUUUCCAUGGUCUCUAGGCUGAAGCAUGAAAAUCUCAUUCAAUUGCUUGGUUUUUGUGUUGAUGGAAACCUCCGCGUCCUUGCAUAUGAGUUUGCAACAAUGGGAUCGUUGCAUGACAUCUUGCAUGGUAGGAAGGGAGUUCAAGGAGCACAACCAGGUCCAACACUUGACUGGAUAACGAGGGUGAAGAUAGCGGUUGAGGCAGCUAGGGGUUUGGAAUACCUCCAUGAGAAGUCUCAGCCUCCUGUAAUCCAUAGGGACAUAAGAUCUAGCAAUGUCCUUCUUUUUGAAGACUACAAAGCAAAGAUUGCUGAUUUCAAUCUCUCGAAUCAAGCACCUGAUAAUGCUGCCCGUCUUCACUCAACAAGAGUCUUGGGGACUUUUGGUUAUCAUGCUCCAGAAUAUGCAAUGACUGGACAGUUAACUCAGAAGAGUGAUGUGUACAGCUUUGGUGUUGUACUUCUAGAACUUCUUACAGGGAGGAAACCGGUGGAUCAUACCAUGCCUAGAGGUCAACAGAGUCUUGUAACCUGGGCGACACCAAGACUCAGUGAAGAUAAAGUGAAACAGUGCAUUGAUCCAAAGCUAAAAGCCGAUUACCCUCCAAAAGCAGUUGCUAAGCUAGCAGCGGUGGCAGCAUUGUGUGUGCAAUACGAAGCUGAGUUUAGACCAAAUAUGAGCAUAGUUGUGAAGGCGCUACAGCCUCUCCUGAAACCUCCAGCAGCAGCUCCAGCACCAGAAUCUUGAAACUUUUAAAUCUUUUUUUUCGCUGCAACUAUCAGAAAGAAUCUACAUAGUACCAUUUGCCAUAAAUGAUAAUGAGGUUGGUUUUGAGAGUGAUAACUACUAUUAUUAAAAGAUGAUAUUAUGUUUCAUUUGAUGAUUUGAUUUUGCACACAAAUUUUGUUGUGCUAGAAAGAGAGAGAGAUAAUUGAUGGCAAAGUUUAUUGUUGCCGUUUGCUGAGUGGGAGAGAAAGGAACUCUGAUUUUAUUUAUAUGAUCCCUCUUAUUCCUAUUUCUCUCUACCUUUUGGAUUAAUAACCUCAAAAAUUCGAAUAACUUGAUCAUUG